AAAAGAUAAUCGGUAUGCGUACUGUUUCUGCCCCGGACGUCGUGAUUUUAAACAAAGUGUUACCCGCGUCAUCGUGCCUUGCUGAGACUAUGUUCGUAUCCAUAUCAUUCACGGUCCAACACGAUGUUGAUUCGUCAAAAAUAGAAGGCUCUGGCUUCAACACGGCUGUGUCGGUGUGGUUUCAUAUGUCCGUCUGACUGCAUUCAUUUUUCUGUUGUCGUCUGACUGUUUUCUCUUGUACGUCCACUUUGCCCUCUUAUUUGCCAGGCUCAAACUCCCUACGAGAAAAGGCGUCACUCCGUUUUGGCUCCCCACUAGUGCUAAAAACUUGUCGCGUCUACUUGUUUUCGUGGUUCGAGCUUGAAUUUUUGUUUUCAAACUUCAACUGUCAUCAACUUGCUCGGCACUCGAAAUCCAUAUUAUAUAUUCAUUUUCAUUUGUGUAGUACCCUGUCGAUUUCAAAUUUGAUUGUGAUUUCCCCUAUGAUCUAAGGAAAUAAUUUUUGACCUUCCAUUUUGAUUUGUUUUUUCUUUCAUUUUCAGAAUUGUUAUUGUAGUGAGUGCCGCGAGUUGGUCGGGCACAAAUAUCGAAGACCGACGACAACAGACGAUUUAUCCUGUGUAAUAGAAAUGUCCCCACCGCAGAGGAAAGAGAGGGUCUGUGAACUCCGCAUGACAAAUCCGCGUGCUUAGUUUCGUUGUGCCUGACUGUAGAAGCCGCACCACAAGUCGAUCAUCAAUCUCAUGUAGCAUUAAAAAUCCGAUGAAAACACCAUGUGAAAGAUGUUCCUCAUGGGGCUGCGCAUGAGAGACAUCCUCACCAUGUAAGUAACUACGCAUGACAGCUCUGAGACGUGGGGACGUUUUUACACAGGAUACGACUAAGAAUUGCAACAACGAGAAGAAUUGCGCAUAACGAGCGAGGCGAAUUUGAUAAAGAAAAGCUAAAGAUAGUAAAUCCGGGGAGUAGUGCUUAUAGAUACUUAAAGAGAACAAGGAAGGAAAACAGCGCUCCGCUGUUCCAAGUAAUAGGCAAAAGAAACAGAAAAACAAAUCAGGAGAAGGCCAACCUGUCACCUGCGGCGCGACGCGGUACAAAUUUAUCACCUGACCACUCGUUUUCGUCCGCUUUUCUUCGUACUUAGAGUCUUAUUCCUGCUCGCGAAAACUAUGAUCCACAAUAUUUAUUCUUGCAUCUGAUCUAUCUUCAAUACAGGCACGACUCGCAAGAACGCGGAAAAAAGAAGUGCUGUGCAGGCCAAAGAAAAAGGUAGAAAGACCGGAGAAGCCGUCGUCGAUCAAGAAGCCGUCGUCGAUCAAGAGCAGAACGUCGUAGCAAAAAAUGGUGCGAAAGUUAGCUGUGAAUGAGCAAGAGCAACUCCUCGCGGGUGGCGGCGGGGGUGGUGGAGCAGAUUCGGUGGACGACGCUUGGAUCCAAAAGUUGGAAAACAAGGUGAAGCACCCAAGUGGACCAGCUGGGGACGCAAAGCACUAUUUGCGCGUGAAGAACAGGAACGAGAAGUAUUCGGCGGUCCGCUGCAAUGAGGUAGAGAAAAUGCCAAAUGGAAGUUGGCAGAUUACUGUCGGCGGCGGCGGGAUACCCUUCAUUCAGAAUGGCCAGUGGAUUCGUACACUGGAUGCACCGCGCCGCGGAGGUUUGGGGAGGUUUCAAAACGACUACUUCUCGCCCAUCGCGUUCCAGGGCCGCCUUGUUUUCCUGAACACGAAAAAUUUAGAAGGAUCGGGCGCCUGGAAGGCGGGGAAAAGUCCCGAAGAGAGGCAGGCUUUCGCGACGGAGCAACACCGAAAAUGGAAAGAAGCGUACAACUUGCACGAAAAGUGGAUCAAGAACUUGCACAGUGGGAUUCAGUUUCCGUCCGCGCCAAACGGCAAACAGUACCACAACGGGCUGAAUCGUUUCCGCGAGGUGAUUACGAACGACGUGGUGAAUAGAGCACUGAGCCCGGAAGGCCUUCCAGAUGGAAGCGCGGACGAGCUCUCUUACCAAAGACUGACCGAUACCUAUCUGGGGUACGUGGCCGGUCAAAACAUUGAGCACGUGGAUGCGUUAAUGUUGGCAGAGUACAGAACGGGGAAGACAAGUCUGAACAUCGACCCACGUGUGGUCAAAAUCAAAGAUGACCAGAACGGGGAGUUGCGAGACCUCGAAGCGUUCCGCGAAGUGCCAGACCAACAUGAUGCUAUUUUGCAAGGGCAGGGACUCUAUCAGAUUGGUUUCCGCAGCACCACGAGCGGCGCGACGACAACCGUUCACAUGCGGGCCGAGCUGUUGGGGCUUGCAGUCUCCAGCGUCAAUGGAGAGCUUGGUGGCGAUGGGUAUGAUGUUGGCAAGGACGCGCAGGUGGCGAACAAAUUGAUUCAAGAGGACGCCUUGUGGUCCGAGCACUUCGGUUUUCGGGAUCCCUUGCCAGCGUUAGGCGGUAGUCACAAAAAUCGUGCCGAUCGCGGUCUGUGGGAGGAAUCCCCCGGAAUGCAGGCAGCCGUGAAAAAGGGCUUGGUUACCUCCACCGAGGCGAAAUGGAUUACCAGCUUCGGCCGUGGAAGUCGGGAUGAAACCUACGGACGCAACGGCAACCUGGAAGAUUCCGUGCGCUUCCUGCAGGCACUCGACGCGGAGGACCAGGAGCUCCGCCUCCAGCAACAAGGAAAAGCAGGGCAAGGAGGAGCAACAGGAACCCCUACAGGAGCCACGCCCCUGGGGGAUUUGGUGAAAGCCGAUGGGAAUGCUUUUGGUGCCUGGGGCAUGCUUGUUUUCGGCCACAGGAAGGACGAAAAAGACUUUGACCCGGCCGCCUUUGCCCGAAACGCGGCUCCAAAAAAGGAGCUGGUAUCGCACGACGCAAAGGCGCCUUUGGUGGAUGUGCGGCACAUGAACGAGGACAUGCAAAAAUUCUUCGGCGUCCGCUUGAUGCGCGACGGGGACGCGACUCCCAUCAUCCGACCGAGUUCCAAGUUCGGCGCGGUGGUUGCCAUGCACUUCGACCCGGAUGGUUUGUACCCGAAGAAGUUCUCGUUCAAAGGGUACCGAGAUGGCGAGCCGGGUUCGAAAGGCGUGUUUCUUGAAUCGCACCCGUUUCCGCACGUGGUUACGGCGAAGGACGAAAAGGCCGUUUUGCGCUAUUGUUUGGCGAAAUACGGGACGGACGGAAAACUGUACAUGAUAGAAGUGGUUGUGCCCUUUGGGUACGGGCUUUUCGUGAACAAAAACGUGAUCCACGGGGACACCUAUGUGAAAGGAACGGUGCUCAUCUACCUGGAGCCGCUGGAAGAAUACGCAGACUCCGCGCUGGUCCGCAUAUUCACCGCAAAUAUGUCCUCUGGGUCACUGGAAAACGGCCACUUUUGUCAUGCACAUUUUGCAUGAUCCAUGAUUUCUGUGAUGCAGCAUGCCCUCGCAUCUACACAGAUUUUGUGAUGGCUUUCUAUAUAUAAAUACCUAUACCGCAUGAGAAAUGAUGCCCUCUCCGCGUAGCAAGAACUGGAACUCUUUGGCUUUUCAUCCAAUACAGAUUUUCAUUUUGGGUUUGUAGAGUCCCAAGGUUGCUUCACAAAUUCCACCUCUCCAGACCCAGACCUAUUUGCAUUGCAUACCGCACCGCCGAUGGCAAAAUGGUGAACUACUACAAGGAAAGCGACGUGCUAGAUUUCCCUUAUCAACAUGGACCUGAUUUUGUUGCUCAAGCUCAAGGUGCUGAAGAUGGUAGUUGUGGCGGAAAUUUAGUUUGCAACGGCGCCAGCACCGCGGGCCUGACCAUCGCAGUCGUUUUGGGCUGUGGCCUUGUGGUCGCCGUUGUCAUGUUUUUUCUCAUGGGCAGAAUGGGAAGGGCAAGGGGGGGCGGAAACGAUAGAACCGCGGCGACGUCAGCUCGUGACAAUGUCGACGCUGAUCUAGCGUGAUGCAGGUGAAUGAUGUAGAUCUGAGAAGGACUCCUAGUGCGAAGACACAAUUAAUUGUUCACUUUAUUUUUAAAAUGAGAGUUAAAAAAUAUUUAUAGAUAAAGAUUAUAUGAUGAAUUCUUAGUAUAUUAGGGUCUAUUUUCGCUUCGCUUUCUUCUCUUCGACCCAAAACGACAGGACAAGCCUACCAAACCUCGCAGUUCGCACCGGCUCCAGUGAUCUACUCAAACUUCUAUUUUUAUUUUACAUUGCAGUAUAAGUUCUAGGUAUAGGUUUUGAAGAGUUACAUAUGUAAAAAACUAAAAACACAAAAACAAAACGUUCAAACUUACACCUUCAGAAGUUCAAGAGACACAAGUUCCUGCAGAAAUAGACUUUUGGUUUUGCUGUUUUCACACAAGCAAGCUCAACUUUUCGCAAGCACGACCUUUCGUUUUCUCUUACAGAACUCCGCACUCGCAGCAGGCGCAAGUAGAUUUCACUUUUUCAGAAGCAACAGCAGCGUUUACUUUUUCAACAUCUAGAGCAACUUUUGGACUUUCUCUUCGACUUUUUAACUUUCGAAAAAAAAAACUUUUUCCUAGUUCAGAAAAACAGCUUUCCGGAACGUUUAGUUUUUCUCAGGCUAACGAGGCCAAAGCUGCUGUAGCCACCUAGUAUUUUUUUUAAACUGAGAGUUAGUGAGGUGAGAGUUGGCGUCCCCUUCUCUCCCCUUGCUGGGAAUCACUACUACUACUAAACUAGCUCUAACAUCGUGAGAGGAAGGUAAGCCCUUCAAGCGGAAACCACGACUCCAACACUAACAAACAAACAAACUACAGGUUUUGAAGAGGAAAAAAGUGAAU